ACCGUAUCUUUGCAACCUUCGUAUGGUCUUCAACUUUUGAGCCCAUGAGGCGAGACAAUAUUUUUAGGCCUGUUAGUGAAGGUGGGCUGGGCUUAGUACAUCUUUAUGUGCGGCAAAUAGUGUCUCGUUUCUUCUUUUUUCGCGAUACUUCCCAUCCUGUAAUUCGUUCAUACAUGCAAGUCACACUUGUUAAUGCGUUACCUGAUUUAGUUGUUUCUUCAAGUUUUUCUUCGCGCUUAUGCUUGCGGGGGUUCAUGCAAGAAGUUUACUUGGCGGUUCGUUUCCUGACAGUUCGGUUUUCCACUGAAUACUUGUAUUCUGUGUCGCGCAAAACGCUGUACAAAGACUUACUCUCCAUGCUAUUUCCGCCUCCACUUUACCGAUCAAUAUACAUUAAAUUGCCAGGCCAAGAUGUGCUAAAGCGCGUUCGCAAAAUGUAUUUAUCCCCUUGCUGCAAAACAUUCUUUUAUAAAGUUCAUAGUGAAACCAUACCGGUUAAAACAUGGCUACAAAAAAAGGGUAUCUUUGUCUCUUCUGUUAACUGUAGCUUUUGUGAUGUACCAGAGACAAUUGAACAUUGUUUUAUUAGCUGCACUGACGCCAUCCUAUUUUGGGAUGUCCUCCAACGGACUUUAAAGAAAGACUUUGAAAUUAACGCUCAUACUGUGCGAUACCUGCUGCCAACCUCUGAUAAUAGUGCACCUUUCGAUAUGUUUUUUGUCAUGGGAAUGCACAGUUUGUGGAAAAAGCGAAUGAUGGACAGAAACGCCGAAAGGGUUGUACCUACAAGGGCAAAUUUCAUCCAAAUGACACUACACCUAAAGCAGGUUUAUGAUGGACUCGGUGUACAACCGGACUGGUACCCUAUUUUGGUGAGGUGCUUAUCCUUGCCACCCUUCUAAAGUGACAAGAACGUUUCUACUCACAGUAUGAACGCUGCCUUUUCUGUGUGUGACUUUUAUUGUGCCCUCCAUUCUCUGACUAUGCAGAACUGGUGAACGUCUGAAUGCAACUAUAAUAAAUACCAUGAAAGAAAGAAAAAAAAAAAAAAAGAGACCUCAGCAGAUGCAGCGGCUUCGGUGGCUAAAAGGCAGCACGCGUGAAGACCAUGCCCCUAAAGCGAGUGGUUCACACUAUUUGAAGCAAAUCUUCUAUUACUGGACCUAAAAGAAAGCAGUUUUGCCUUUUCUGUCUAUAAUGUAUACAUAAUUCAAAUAUUUCUUUUAAUUAGGUCUGCGCUUCUGAUAUUUCAAACUGCUAUAACUUUGAUUUACGCACUGUAUAACACACACAACAACGUGCAGAUUUGCAUGGGGCGAUUGUAGUGGCAUCUGGUGUUAGUGAUAAAUUGACCGAGAGAUGGCGCAAGCUUUCAAUAAACGGCUUGAGAGCAGCACGAUACCACUGCGCA